AUGGCUCUCCUUGCUGCACUCGUAGAGUUUUUGCACCAUGGCAAUACACAGAUUAGACAGACGGCUGCCGAACAUUUGCUCGGAUAUUCGCAGGCCAACACUGCAUUAUGGAAGCGCAACCAGCUAGAGCCCAUUAGGGAUCUUAAACUGCUUGUCAAAGACUAUGCACCUAUAGCGAAGAAUGCCCUGACCAUCCUCAUCAACGUCUCCGCCGACGGCGAGGUGCAAAAGGCGCUGGCCAAGGAUGAUGAAUUUCUCGAGACGCUACUAUCGCGGAUAACUAAUCCGAAAGAGCAGAAUGCGAAUGAAAUCGCCAUGCUCCUCGCCAACAUGGCCAAGGACGACUCCUUACAGCGCGUAUUGGAGCUGAAGCGGGAUGUACCAAAAGAACUAUCCAAGUCGACAUGGGCCAUGGACCAGCUCAUGGACUGCUUUGUCAAGGGUGCAGCAGGCGCAUACAACAAGCACGCAGACUUUGACUACCUAUCCUACUUCUUCGCCGACCUAGCCAAGUUCCCCAAAGCACGCGAAUACCUCAUAACACCCCAAGAGCACGACGAUAACGUCAUACCGAUCACCAAGAUCCAAGUCUUUACAGAUCACGCCUCACACAUCCGACGCCUCGGUGUAGCCUCGACGAUUAAGAACGUUGCUUUCCACGUACCCGCGCACCCAGUACUUCUCUCAAACCUGUCCGAAGACCCGAACCUACCCCCUCCAUCGAUUGGCGCAAAUCUCCUGCCAUACAUUCUCCUCCCCCUCAUGGGGCCGGAAGAGUACGCAGACGACGACACAGAAGGCAUGUUGGACGAGCUACAACUACUCGAGCCGGACAAGGCGCGCGAAUCCGACGUCGAGAUCAUGAAGACACAUCUAGAGACGCUGCUUCUGUUAAGCACGACAAAGGAAAGCAGAGAGGUGUUGAGGCGGGUAAAGGUUUAUCCUAUCGUUAGGGAGUGUCACAUGCACGUUGAUGACGAGGGUGUACAAGAAGCGUGCGAUCGUGUGGUACAGAUUCUCAUGCGAAGAGAAGAGGGCGAGGAGGAGGAUAUUCCCGACAUGGCAAGUGCAGGUGGUAGUGGAAAACUGAUGGCCUUGGACAACGGACAGGCGGCGGAAGAAGAAGACGAAGACGAGAAAAUCGUCGACAUUGUCUAA